CUUAGUGUCUUAUUACGUUCCCUGCCACGCCGCCGCUUCCUGGUGGCAAGAGCGGGGGGAGAGAGAGAGAGAGAGAGAGAGAGAGAGAGAGAAGAAGAGUUCCAACCAGAGAGAGAAGGGAGAGCGAACUUAGUCGUCCGGAUCUGUUCUUCCCUGCGAUCCUGUGCGCAGCUACUUCGUUUCGGGGUGAGAGAGAACGAGUUCAAGCUUACGAUCUGUUCGUUCGUCCGACUAUGUUGGCCUUGAGAAGCGUGAGAGUUGGAUUGGAAUAUGCGGAAGAAUGGAUCGGAGGUAGACGGUAGUGUUUUGACGAAAAAGGUGGUGUUUUUUUUUGGAGCGAUCGAGGGGGACUUAGGGUUCGUUUCGUCCGGCAGCAAUGGAGGGAGAGGUCGGUGCACAGGUUGCUCCUCCUAUCUUCUUUCACCACCACCAGGCCCUUCCCGUUUCCCUCCGUGACGCUCCUCUUCUCGCGAAGAAGCGAGACUUUCCAUGGAAAAGUUCCGUUUUUCAGCACAACCGACUGCCGGAGAACCAGGAGCACACGAUGAGCGCUUCUGUUGCGAAUCCCGUUAGUAAUUGGAAUCCCAAUAUGUGGAAUUGGGACAGCGUGCAGUUCACACCCACGCCUGCGUCCGACACCGCGGACGUCAUCUGCCUGGGAUCUCAGUCAUCUUCCGCGGCCGCUGCUAUUGUCGAUCAGAAGAAAGGGGACGAGAGCUCGUUACUUGUAAGAAGUAUGGAAGAGGACGAUGAAAGGCUAGUGCUGAAGCUUGGAGGCGGAGGAUGCUUGGCAGAGGAGCCUGCUGCAAGGCCUAACAAGCGGGUCCGGUCUGGCUCACCGGGGUGCAGCAACUACCCGAUGUGUCAGGUUGAUGAUUGCCGCACGGAUCUGUCGAGCGCCAAGGAUUACCACAGGCGCCAUAAGGUGUGUGAGGUGCACAGCAAGACUGCCAAGGCCCUUGUUGGGAACCAGAUGCAGAGAUUCUGCCAACAGUGCAGCAGAUUCCAUCCUCUUUCUGCGUUUGAUGAGGGAAAGAGAAGCUGUAGAAGGCGGCUUGCAGGUCACAAUCGGCGCAGAAGGAAGACACAACCAGAAGUUGCUUCUCCUAUGCUGCAGCCUAUGAACCAAGAAAAUUCAGCAAGUGGGCAUCUGGAUAUUGUUAACUUGUUGUCUAUGCUUGCACGCUUGGAAGGUAACUCUCAAGACAAACAGACAAACAUCCCUCUGUUUGAAAGGGACCGACUUGUCCAGUUUAUCAGUAAAUUAAGCGCUUCAAAUAGUGGAAACCCUUCUGCCAGAUCUUUGGAGCCUGGAGGUUUUGAUUUGAACGUAUCUCAAGAUGCACCACUAGUCUCAAUUGAGAAGUCGAUUAAGGAGAUUGGGGAGAUAAAUUCUCCAUCCGCCACCACUAAGCUACUGACAGUUUUAUCGGCAGCAAUAGCAGCUACUACUGCUGCUGCCCCUGCAACUGUUUCCCAAAGGAGCAGCCAAAGUAGUGGCAAUGAUAAGGCUAAGGUUCAAAAUGCUGAACCCUCUGGUGAUGCUAAUUCUCACAAUAAAUCAACCCAUAUGCUUCCGUCAGUUGGUGUCUUGCCAGACAACCUCAUCAGCAAAUCUACAGUCGGUGCAUGUCACCAGAUAGUUCAGCAAACCCGUCAGAGCUUACCUUUGCAACUUUUUGGACCUGUUGAGUAUGAUAAUCCUCCUGAACUUGGUUCUGCAAUUAAAUAUUUAUCAUCUGAAAGUAGCAACCCUUUGGAAGAGAGAUCUCCAUCAUCUUCUCCACCUGUUACAAAGAAGUUGUUCCCUCUGCAUUCAACAUUGGAAGGAACAAAGUAUGCACAAGCACUAGAAUGUAGGGAAGAAAAUGCAACUGUCGAACUGAGUAGUAUUAAUGGUGGAAGUGCGCCACUUGAGCUAUUUAGAGUGUCAGAAAUGCAAACAGAAAAUGCUACUGCCCAGAGACUACCAUCUCGAGGUGGUUACAAAUCCUCUGGUUCAGAUCACUCCCCAUCUAGUUCCAACUCUGAUGCUCAGGAUCGGACUGGACGGAUAAUUUUCAAGCUUUUUGGCAAGGAUCCAAGUAGUUUCCCUGAUACACUACGUUCUCAGGUAUUUAAUUGGCUCUCACACAGCCCUUCAGAUAUGGAGAGUUACAUCAGGCCUGGUUGCAUAGUCUUAUCUAUCUACUUAUCAAUGCCAUCAGUUGCAUGGGAAGAAUUUGAAGAUGAUCUUCUUGAACGUGUUGUGUCACUAGUUCAAUUUCCUGAAACUGAUUUCUGGCGAAAUGGAAGGUUUUUACUUCGGACAAAUCGACAGUUAGUGUCACACAAGGACGCGAAGAUCCGCAUAUCUAGGACUUGGAAGGCAUGGAGUGCACCGGAGUUGACAUCUGUGUCACCAGUUGCUGUUGUAGUUGGGCAGAAAACAUCCCUUCUUCUGAAAGGUCGCAAUUUGACUGUUCCUGGAACCAAGAUUCAUUGCACUUAUAUGGGUAAAUACAUGUCAAAAGAAAUUCUCUGCUCAACAUAUCCUGGCACCAUAUAUGAUGAUUCUUGCGUUGAGAGGUUUGACUUCCCAGGAGGAUCUCCUGAGGGAUUUAGUCGAUGUUUCAUUGAGGUGGAAAAUGGUUUCAAGGGGAACAGCUUUCCCGUCAUUAUUGCCAAUGUUAGCAUUUGUCAGGAGUUGAGAACCCUUGAAGCAGAUUUUGAAGAUGCUCUCCUAUCAGAUGGCAUCACAGAGGAACAAGUUAGUAAUAGUCCCCGUUACAGGUCAAAGGAGGAUAGUCUGCAUUUCCUAAAUGAGCUUGGAUGGCUGUUUCAAAGGACACAAAAAUCAUCCAGUCUCUCCUUUUCUAAUUUCUCAAGUUCCCGGUUGAAGUACCUUCUGACCUUUUCAGUCGAACGUGAUUGGUGCACUCUUAUUCAAGCUCUUUUGGAUAUUCUUGUGGAAAGAAGCUUAAAUGAUGAUGCGUUAAAACAGGAGUCACUAGAACUUCUUUCAGAAAUUGACCUAUUGAGCCGAGCAGUUAAGAGAAAGUGCAGAAAAAUGGUAGACCUUCUCAUCCAGUAUUAUGUGACUCAAGGGAAAGAUGCAACGAAGGUGUAUCUUUUCUCUCCAAGCAUGGCUGGCCCUGGUGGGAUUACCCCAUUGCAUAUGGCUGCAUCUAUGCAGGACUCAGAGGAUUUGGUUGAUGCACUCACUAAUGAUCCGCAAGAAAUCGGGUUGAAGUGCUGGACUUCGUUACUCGACGAGAAUGAUCGGUCCCCCUAUAUGUAUUCAUUGCUGAGGAACAAUAUUUCCUAUAACAAUCUGAUAUUCAGGAAGCUUGGUGACAGGACAAAUGGCCAAUUGACAAUUCCAGUAAGAGAUGGAGCAGUGGUAGGAGUAUCAAUCACACAGGGUGCCCAAACUGUGACAUCGAUUUCGUGCGCUCAAUGUGCCAUGAUCGGGGCUAGACAGCUUAGGCGAUCCCCCCGAACCAAGGGGCUUCUUCAGCGGCCUUAUGUCCACUCAAUGCUUGCAAUAGCUGCCGUCUGCGUCUGCGUUUGCUUGUGCUUCCGAGGUUUACCACAGAUUGGAUCAGUAGAGCCAUUCAAGUGGGAGAAUCUAGACUUCGGCCCAAGGUAGCUGCCUAAGAGUUAAUUGUACAAAUUCAAAGAGACUAAAUAUCAGUCAAAGUAUAAUCCUUGCACGAGGCACCUUUAACCCUGCUCAACUCCUUCAAUGCCCUUGUGGGUUCAGCAACAGGCAGGGGCAAAGAGGAGCAAUGCAAAGCCUCGUUUGAGCAUUUCCCGUGUAACCCAAGGAGGGAAUUUUGGUAAGAAGAAAUGCAAAAUAAAGGCUCCCCCAGACUUGAUGUGUGAAUAAAGGAGCACAGAAUGAUGGCCUUUGUGGAUCUAUAUCCUUUCUCUUUUUUCUCACAAGUUGGUAAUUGUUGUUUUUGGAGACUUCACCAGUGAAACAAGUCCAUGGAUUGUAUCAGCAACAGAUGAAUCAACAGAUGGGCACUGAUUAUUCUUUGCUUUAGCUUUCUGAAAGCAUUUAUCUGGUGACACAGCAGGAGCUGAGCUGGUGGGCAACUGAUACACUUAACAUCUCUAUCUCCUUUUGCAUCUUUGUGUGGAUGAGUGCUGUGCUGUGCUGCUUUGCCCUGGGACUUAUCUGUUGGUCAGUUGAUCAUUGGUGGCAUUAGAAAGUUGGUGGAUUGGGGGGAAGAGAGAACAUGUGUAGGGCCAUGGCCAUGGCUCUUGAGAUCGUCAAUGGUUGGGGGUACAAGUGCUCACCAUGCUUUUUUCACGUUUUGUUCCUUUGCAAAAGAAAUAAAUGUUCAAUGGAGAAGAGGGAGAAUUGGUGUUGCAUAGUGAGAGGAGAGUGAAAAGAAAGGUAAGAAUUCAUUGCUAAUAUUAAAUGACAAUGACAAAGUGAGGUUUUAUUGUGUCAUUUCUUCACUUUGUACCUUUUUGUUGUUGAAAACUCAACGAGAGUAGUCUUGUUGUACAUCUUGUGCACUUUUUUUAUAAUUAUAUUAUCUUCAUUUUCGAAA